AUGGAGAGAUUGACGAAUCAUGAUACUAUUGAAAAGGUUAGCGAUCAUAUUUCUGAUGAACUUGCAUUCUCUAUUAUGUCAAAAUUGCCUCUUAAAUCUUUGAAACGAUUUAGUUGUAUACGCAAAUCAUGGUAUCUAUUGCUUGAAAAUUCUUAUUUCAUGAAUAUAUACCGUAACAAUUUCAUAUAUAAUGAUUGUUCUUCUUAUGAGGAGGAACCAUGUCUCCUUAUACAACAAACUGUGCCAUAUUUUCAAAAUCAUCGUGUGCUAUACAUGCUUUCUGGAGAGAGAUUUGAGAAUAAGGUCAAAUUAGACUGGCCACCUCCAUUUCAAGAUAAUGAUCGAGGUGUUUAUAUUUUAGGUCUCGCUAUUAACGGAAUUGUUUGUCUCUACCAAGGGCAUACACCAGUUAUUGUAUUAUGUAACCCAUCUACCAUGGAAUUUAAGGUCCUUCCUCCUAGCCCUAGUGAGUCUCGAGUAAUUAAUGAUGUAAAAUUUUAUUUUCUUCAUGGAUUUGGUUAUGAUCAUUUUAGAGAUGACUACAAGGUGAUUCGAUAUGUAUCUUACCGGCUAAAUGUAUCUGAUGUUGAAAAUAAUAUUGAAGAUAUACCAAACAAGUUGCCACACGACAACAUUUGGGAGAUAUACAGUCUAAGAAGUAACUCUUGGAGAAAACUUGAUAUUGAUUUGAUUAAAGGUUAUGGGUCUUAUGUGGGUGCCUUUGUGUGUGCAAAAGGAGUAUGUCAUUGGUGGAAUCAUGAUUUAAACGAGCCAUUAUUGGUGUCAUUUGACUUAAGAGAUGAGGUGUGUUGUACAACACCUUUUCCCUUGGACAUACCCAUUCCCUCAGAUAUCAAUGAUGAUAUUGACGAUAUAUUUUUGAUGAGACACUUGAUGGUAUUAAAUGAGUCCAUUGGUUUGAUCUCAAAUUAUGCAAACACGACUACUUUUCACGUAUCAAUUUUAGGUGAACUUGGUGUGAAGGAAUCAUGGACUAAACUCUUCAUUAUUGGACCCUUACCUGGCAUUGAGAAUCCUAUUGGAGAAGGAAUUAAUGGUGAUUUAUUCUUCAGAAGAAACGAUGAUGAACUAGUAAGGUUUAAUUUGAAUACCCAAAUGGUAGAGGAACUUGGUAUUAAAGGGGAGUUUUACUACAGCCAAGCAAUCAUUUACAAGAAAAACCUUCUUGGUAUUGGAAGAAUAAUAAAUUGA